UAGCUGGAACUGCUGGGGACGGCGUAUAAUAUAGAAUUUGGACGGUGCCCGCGUUGAAAUCGGAGAUCAAAAAAGCGGCAUCCAAAAAGGAAGGGGCGCAUCGGUGGCCGAAUCUGCGAUCUUUUCUUGACGUCAUGUUCACCGACGACGACUUGCUCACCUCCCUCCAUGGGACUUUGCCUUUCUUCCUGUUGUCGUCGUCGUCGACGGCACCGUAACGGCUCGAGUCGCCGUUAUCAGUAUUCGGAGGAAUCUCCACUUCUUGGUGGCUCGCUUGGCGGUGCUCAGUCUACGACCACUAGUACACUCAAUGUAGUCAACAAGUUCGUCGAAAUUGUCGCUGCCCUGAAGACAGGGAAAUAUCCCUCCCAGGACCAGAUGGAUAGCCUCUUACGUUGGUUUCUACAAUCGGAUAUUCUGCGCGAAUCUCGGUAUACGCGGACAAGUAGGCAGGGUCAAAGAAUCAUUCACGAUGUCCGUCAGCUGUGCACAGUAUUAUUAGUUUUUAGUGUGGAAAAGAACGGUGAUGAUAGAUUGCAGGAUCUCCUGUUCCUUGCCAACACAUUUCCAAGACCGCUAGACUAUGCUGUCGCAGGAGGUGAAAAAGCAACUGAGGGCGUUCUGCAUGAAGGUGCAGCGUUUUCAUUAUCUUUGAGACUGCCUCUAAAUUCUUUAGCUGUACAUCCUCGGGAUUUGGCACACGAUUUAGAUCAAUUUCUCGAAGCAUCAAAGGCGCUUGUAGUCCUUCUCUUCACGUCGACCACCACAUGGAUUGUCGUUUCAAGUAUUGCCACCCUAGUGCAAGAAAUAAUUGCGGAGUUUGCUGGGAAUAUCAGCGAUGUUGCACAACAAGUUCAAGGCAUAGCUGAAGAGGUAGAAAAGGUUGCCGAGGGCAUCGAAGCGACUGUGGAAGAUGUAUCUAAGAAUCUGGAGGCGGAUAUCAACACGCCCGUGUCCAAAGACGCGCAUACAUCCACUCAGGUCGAAGCGGCGGUUAGGGCAGUCGCAGAUAAUGCGAACGUGGCUGCUUCCUUUGCGCAGAAUACAAAGCACCGAGAUUCGGCGGACGACUAUGCCAAUACACCGCCAUUCCACAUCGAUGCUCACAUGGACUCCGCGGCAGAGGGAGUUCAAGCAACCCUUCUCGCACUGUUUGAGAAGUACCUCUCCAUUUGGCAGGAUCUGGGAAUCAUACUGUCGCAGCCCACUGAGCCCAGUGCUCCAGUUUCCAGGUUCAAUUCCAUUGCCGCGGACGCCAAGAUUUUGCUUGAACGUUUAGCGUCAGGAAAGUCUCUGGAUCCGCUCUGCGCCUCGAUGAACAGCCUUAUGGCUGCAGUCGCAUCUGAUCCAGGUGAAGAUCAUACGAUCAUCCAACUUCACGCUUACUUUAUGGACCUCAGAAGGUACCUAGACCGCGCUUUUUCAGAUUCCUCCUAUGUGGAAUCAAAUAUCUGUAAAACAGAUAUCUCGCAGAUGAUCCAUCGUGGCCGGAUUAUUCUGAAAGCAGCACAUAAAGCCGAAAAUCUCCUUGGGAAUUUUGUACAUGAAGCCCAGGUCUUCAUAGCUUCUCUAUCUGAAGACCAUACCACAAUCCGGCUACUUAAAGCAUUCACGACCCUUUCGACAGACAUUCAGAGUUAUCUGUCAGCUAUUCGUGCACCCACCACCAUCGCCACAAGAGGCGGCCUCUACCUGUCAGAAGCUAUGUGGAAUGACAUCGCCGCCGUCGCCAUGAACGCAGUCCUCUCAUUCACGCAGACUAUAUUCCAGCCUAACGGAGCAGUCAUCAUUCCAGUACCACGUGUAGAAUACAGCGACACGAAACUAGAUGUGGCAGUCGACGGUCGACUGAUGAGGGUGUCUUUAGUUGACGACGCACGGAAUGAAGGAUGGUCCGCCGGUGUUGGAGGCGAUCCAGAGAGCCGUAUGCCAAAUUGGCUUACCCCUAGUUCAAUUAUUGUGAAGAGAUGGAGCGAGUUGCACAUUGACUUUGCCGCUGCGACAACACCGGAAAACACGACUCCCGUCGCAUCUUCGAACAAGGUUAAUAUUCGUAUCGACGGCGUUUUUGCGGGAUCGAGACAUAAGGUUAUCAGUUUAGACGCCCUGGGGUAUUUCUUCCGGUACAAGCCAUUUAUGGGGUAUGAAGACGAGGGUAUGCUGGGCUUUGAUUUUGAGUUUGGUGGGCUUGAAGGAGGUACUAUCGACAUCAUACUUGAGCUUGACACUCAGACAGCCAGCGAGGACCAAUUCGACUUCAGUAUCGCCAGCGUCGCCGUGACUUUACCUCCUUCCCUUGACAUUAGCGUCAAAUUGACAGACUCGAGACACUGGAUUCUGAACGCUAUGCUCACACCCAUCGUUCUAGCCCUGGUUAAGUGGUUCGUACGAAGGGAGCUGGAGAAGGUGGUGGAGCAGUGGAUACGCUCGGCCAUCAAUACCUUGGCGAAUGGUCUACACGCUGUCCGAGAUGAAACACAAAAGGACGGUGGACAAUCCGUGUGGACUGCAAUCAUGAACGUCAUAACUUCGGCGCAACUGCUUGGUGCUAGCUCAGCCGAUGGAACGGAUGCGCGUACUGAGUCUACGGUGUCGUUCAAAGGUGUUCACAUUCAGCGCACAGAAGCAGACGCAGGUGGUGCGUCUCAGUCGACCAUAGCCAUUGGUAUCGCCCCUCAGAUCCUUCCCUGCAAAGGCGAACCGCAACCCUUGGUAUCUCCCCCGGCUAUGUAUUCGCACGUUGCUUCAGAAGUUUCAGACCAGGUCACCCACGCGGAACAGAGACUCGUGGACGUGGGGCAACAAGUGAGAGAAGGCGUCAAUGCUGUCGAGGAAUUGAUUGAUAGCAAUGGAGACAAUUUUUCGCGUACGGAGAACAGGGAAAAGCGUAUCGAUGGAUGGAGAAGUCACGCAUUCAACGUGUAGGGAAGCGUUCGGGGAACUUGGCCUUCCGAGGUACUGGAUCCAUACACGUGUGGUUAGGUCCAGGGUCGCUGGAAGAUGGUUCUAGGACCGGUCGGAGUCAGGAUCCAAGAACCAAAAUGUAGGAGACUUUGGACUUCAAUAG